UGUCAGGGAAGUUUCUUAUUGUGUCACUACACUAUAUAUAACAGAAGAGACUGAUGUGCUCGUACUUAAUGUAAAACUCGUCGCACAAACAAUAUGAUCACUUUUAGUUGUGAGAUGAUACCUUGGCUAGUGAUAAUAUUUGGUCUAGUGACAGCUGGUUCUUUGAAUAUAACGGAUCAACAAACAUCCGAAUCAAGCCAUCAUGAUCAAGUUGCAAUCCUUAAACAAAUAAGAAAAUUGAACGAUGAUGGAUCAUAUACGUUUGGUUAUGAAGCUGGUGAUGGAUCUUUCAAGGUUGAAACUCGAGAUGUACUUGGCAAUGUAAAAGGUACAUUUGGUUUUAUCGAUGCAAAUGGUGAAAUAAAACGAGUAACAUAUUCAUCAUCAAAUGGUACUGGAUUUAAAGCUACAACUCUAUCACCGUUACAGGAACGAACUUCUGUUAUCCAGAGUAUUCCACUAAAGAGUAAUCAUAGUUUUGUUGCAAGUCAAAAGAAACAAAAUUCAAUGUAUUUUUCAACAUCUGAGUCAUCGUCAUCACUAUCAUCAUCGUUGCUAACGACAUCAACCACAACACCAUCACCAUCAAGCACAAAAUCAAAUGUAAUACAGUCUAUUCCUACUAGAAAAUCUUUAAUCAAAACAACGCCAAUACUUAAUUCAACAGUUAGAAACACGGAAAAAUUCACCAGAGCUAUUUUCGGUCAAUACUUUAGAAAUUUCAGUAAUCGAUCACGCCAAUCUGUCAAUGAUCAUCAACCUAAACAGUUGUCAACUCCAAGUGAAGAAAUAAAAGUCAUAAACCAUCAUAAAAAUGAUCUACAAAGGUCACAAAUAUCUGAUUCAAAUAGUGAUGUAAAAGCAGAUACAGAAAAAGAUAAUCUCUAUGCUAGAAUUUCACUCGAAGAUAUAUUACAUCCAAUUAAUAAGGUUGAAGAUUACAACCGUAGAUCUGAGGUUAACAUAGAUAAUAAUAAUUUUAGACGUCAAAUAGAUCAAAAGCCAGCAAUUAAAGUUCAAGAAUCUACUGAGGAAAAUUCUAGUAAUGAAAAUUUUGAUGUUUACAAUGGACGAUUACUUUCUACUACGAGACCGCUUUUUACUACUACAACGGCUAUAUCACCUAGCACUGGCAGAUCAAAAGUUAUUCAACGAAAUAGACCAGAAACAUACCGAUUUCAUCAAGUACCGAAACUUGAUGUAUUACCGUUGAAUGAGAAAAAUUUAGGUCCAGCUAAAUUUUACAAUGUUGAAACAGAAAAGUUAUCUGAUGAAUCACCGGAAAUUAUAUCGAAUCAUAAUUAUUAUGACUCUUUGUCUAACGAAAAAGAUGAAGUUGCAGACUACAUAGCUAAACAUCCAACACAACCAGUUUUUAGCCGUCAUCAAUAUGCUGAAAAAAAUUAUAAACGUUUACCUCUAGGUAUAAUUUUAACAAAUAUUCCAAGUUCAACAGCAAUUGAAUCACAAGAAAGUAAUAGUGAAGUUCUAAUAAGUAGGCGAAUUCCGUUAAAAACUCGAAUACCAAUGAAACAUGUCAAUCAUCAACCUUUAGAAAACAAAGAAAAUAUAGACUUUUUAACGAGUCAUUCUGUUGAAUUACCAAUUGCAUCGAUCCCUGGUGUCCCUGCUACAACAAAUACUAACUACGUAAUUGAACAACGAGUAAAUGAAUUCACAACACCACGUUCAGAAUCGGACGUAUCAUCUUCAAUAAAUUUACAACUUAUCCAACAACUUUAUCAGCAUUUGCAACAACAGCAAAAUCAGUAUCUACAGCAGCAAUCUAUGCGUGGCAAUGAUUAUUUUGAAAAUUACUUUUAUAAGAAUAUCGUAUUUCCUUCAGAACAUCAAACCCCGAUUACUUUACCACUUAGUCGACGAGAUUUUCAAUUUAUUUUAAGAAGAUUAUUAGCAAAUCAACAUGAAGUUUAUGCUUAUGACCAUCCAACAAUAGUUUUGAAUGAUGCAUUAAAUAAAAAUAAUGCAAACUUUUAUCAUAAUCUGGCUCCACAUUAUUCAUCAGUGCAUGAUCAACAUUCUACUGGAAACAUGCCAGUUAUCAUACCGAGAAAAUAUAAUCAAAAAAUAGCUGCAUCAGAAUCUAAUAUAUCAAAAAUGACUAACUUAUUGAAUUCACCUUUUCAAAAAAUAAGUAAAAGUAAAUACUACGAUAACAGUAAUUUCAUUGAUAAGUUUGAAACAAUAAAUACCGAUUACGAUUCAAUUCUUCCACCGCCUAUCCGAGAGGCUCUCCUAUUGAAAUUACUUCAAAUAGCUAUGGACAGUAAACAACAACAACGACAAAUAUUAUAUAAAAUACCUAUUUUAAAUAAUCGUGAUACAAAUAUGUUAAGUACACUACUAUCGAAAGUGACAGCAGUACCAGUUUAUCGCAAAACUGGACCUAUUCGUAGUGUUCAAAUUAUUUCGAAUGAUGAAUCAGAUGUACACGAUAAUGAUAACAGUAGUACAUAAGUGAUUCUAGUGUUAAAUGAAAAGUACAUACUCCAAGAAAAGGAAAAAUAAUAAAUUUAACACCUUACAUGUAAUAUUACAAUUCAGUAUUGAAAAUUUGUUUUCUCUUUCAUGAACUUCUUCAGACAGUAAAAUUGUGAACUUAUUUUUAUA